UAACGUCACCUCUACAAAGGCGCUCAGGUGCAGCUCAGCUGUUUCCAACACAUGGAAGACAAGAUGCUGUCCGUCACGAUGGUUUGCUGCCUCCUGCUUGGAGCUUCAGCCGCUCAGACGUGGAAGCAGAAGGUUGUCCAGUUGAACGAGCAGAGAGCGAAGCCUCCAGGUCAACAGCCGAAGGCCAUCCCGCAGGAGAAAGAAGUUUUCAGGGAACCUUUAUCCUGGCGUUAUCCUGACCCACCAGCUGAGGAGAAGCCUCGGUUCCCUCCCAGCUUUGAGCUGAAGACUCCAGCUCCAGCGCAGAGCGUCAGCGCCUCGUGUGGGGACAACUCUGUUCGCGUGGAGGCCAAGAAAGACCUGCUGGGCAUCGGUAAACCGGUCCUGGCUGCUGACGUGACUCUGGGAGGAUGUCCUGCCACCGGAGAAGAUCCUGUGGCCCAAGUUCUGAUCUUUGAGUCAGAGCUGCACGGUUGUGGCAGCCAGCUUCUGAUGUCCGAGGAGACGUUCUCCUACGUGUUUACACUUCUCUACACGCCUAGUCCACUGGGUAACAUUCCCAUUGUUCGAGGGAGAGAGGUCUCCAUCAGCAUCGAGUGCCACUAUCAAAGAAAGCAAGAUGUGAGCAGUAGUCUCCUGAAACCAACGUGGACUCCAUUCACUGACAGCAAAAUUUCUGAGGAAAGUCUCUACUUCUCCCUAAAACUCAUGACUGAUGACUGGCAGUUCACACAUCCUAAUCCUCACUUCUUUCUGGGGGAUAAGCUCAAGUUUGAAGCUUCGGUCAAGCAGUUUCAGCACAUCCCUCUCAGAGUGACUGUGGACAGCUGUGUGGCCACUGUGGUCCCAUAUGUUGACACCGUACCUCGAUAUGCUUUUCUGGGGAACAGUGGGUGUUUGUUUGACGGUCAGCUGACUGGUUCCAGCUCACAGUUCCUGCCUCGGGUUCAAGAUGACAAAGUUCAGUUUGAGGUCGAGGCGUUCAGGUUUGAGCAGGACAACAGCGGCGUGCUCUACGUCACCUGCAGUCUGAGGGCCACAGCAGCUGCUUCACCCGUCACCUCCACCAACAAGGACUGUUCAUUUGCUGACGGGUGGAGGGAGGCGAGCGGAAACCAUCGUGUCUGUUCCUGCUGUGACACGGACUGUGGAAAAGGUGGCGCCAGUGAUCUGCUGAAAACUGGUUCUCCACUGGAAGAAGAAAGGACCGUUGGACCAAUCGUAGUGAAGGACAGGCCACUGUAAAUGAAACUAAUAAAAAACUUUUCACUGAACAUUUUGUGGUUUGAAUGUUGAAUCCAAACUCUUAAACAUUUCAACUCUGCACUGCGUUGACAAAAUGACCCCUCCUCACUGAACUAUCGACCAAUCUCUAAACUGCAUUUUAACAAAGGUUCUAGAAACACUGGUAAAUACUCAUGCCAAGAAGUAUUUGGAUUCUUGUAAUAUUUUA